UGUCAGCAACUCCGUGGCCGCCGGGCAGGUUCCUUCUUCCUGUGAAGAGCGGGCAGCUUCUGGGCGCUGCGCCCGACGAAGGAUGGCGAGCGGUGGCAUCUGCUGCGAGAGGCCGAGGCCAGCCCCGCCGUCCCUGGCCAGAUUUAAACUGGGUUAUGGAAUUGUUCAAGAUCAAAAAGUGAUAAAAAGAACAUUUUCUACAUAGUAGGCAAAAAAAGUCAGUUUGUGUUCCUGUAUAACUAUACAAUUUGUUGUGAGCUGAAGUGAUUAUCAAAACAACAUUUUCAAAACAGUAUGACUAAUUGUAAAGGCAGAUCUGUCAGCAAGAAAAGAAAUGAUAAAGCCUAUCAUGGAGAAGGUUUUGUAAAUUGGACUAUAAAUCUAAAUGCAAUUCAGUCCGACAAAUUCUUGAACUUACUGUUGAGUAUGGUUCCAAUUGUUUAUCACAAAACCCAAGAAGAGAGACAUAAGAAAGUAAAUAGUCUCUGGCAAGAUGGAUUGCAGCCAUCAGGACAUAAUUUCAGUAUUAGGACUGAUCAACACAUGGAUUAUCAUCACUUUUCAGAAUCAGCCUAUCAUGGAAGUAAUGGACAUAAUUCAUCAAGCUGUAGCCCAAAGUAUGAUAACUUUGCAAGUUACAAUUAUUCAGAUGGGACUCACUCCUCAGAAAUGGAUGCUAUGCUGCAGGACAACCAUUUAUCUAGCGACAGUGAUGAAACCUCUCCCAUUAUGGAAGGAAAUAGAAAACAGCCCAAGGAAUCUAGUAGCAUUAUGGCAUUACAGAUACUUGUACCAUUCUUGCUAGCAGGAUUCGGAACAGUGUCUGCAGGGAUGGUUCUAGAUAUUGUUCAGCAUUGGGAAGUGUUCCGAAACAUUACUGAAGUUUUCAUCUUGGUUCCUGCAUUACUUGGUUUGAAGGGUAAUCUGGAAAUGACUUUGGCAUCUCGACUAUCAACAGCAGUAAAUGUCGGGAAAAUGGAUUCACCCAUUGAGAAGUGGAAUCUAAUAAUUGGUAAUUUGGCUUUAAAACAGGUACAAGCAACAGUAGUUGGCUUUUUGGCAGCUAUGGCAGCAGUCAUACUGGGUUGGAUUCCUGAAGGGAAAUACCAUCUUGAUCACUCAAUUAUUUUGUGUUCUAGCAGUGUAGCAACAGCCUUCAUAGCAUCACUCUUACAGGGCAUAAUAAUGGUUGGUGUUAUUGUUGGGUCUAAGAAGACUGGCAUAAAUCCUGACAAUGUUGCAACACCUAUCGCAGCCAGCUUUGGAGACCUAAUCACUCUUGCCAUUUUGGCAUGGAUAAGUCAGGGUUUAUAUGAUUGCCUUGAGAACUAUUAUUAUAUAUCUCCUUUAGUUGGUGCCUUUUUCUUGGCUCUGACUCCUAUGUGGAUUAUAAUUGCUGCUAAGCAUCCAGCUACAAGAAUAGUCCUCCAUUCCGGAUGGGAACCUGUUAUAACUGCAAUGGUCAUUAGCAGUAUUGGUGGCCUUAUUCUGGAUACAACUGUAUCUGAUCCUAAUUUGGUUGGGAUUGUUGUUUAUACUCCAGUAAUCAAUGGGAUUGGUGGUAAUCUAGUAGCAAUUCAAGCCAGCAGAAUUUCGACUUAUUUACAUUUACAUAGUGUUCCUGGAGAAUUACCAGAAGAAGCCAAAGGCUGCUGUUAUCCAUGCAGAACAUUUUGUGGCACAGGAGUAAAUAAUAAAUCAGCUCAAGUUCUUCUGCUGUUGGUGAUUCCUGGGCAUUUAAUAUUUUUGUAUACUAUCCAUUUAAUGAAAAGUGGUCACACAUCUUUGACACCCAUCUUCGUUGUGGUAUAUUUGUUCACAGCGCUUCUACAGGUAUUUAUCUUAUUAUGGAUUGCUGACUGGAUGGUGCACCACAUCUGGAAAAAAGGGAAAGAUCCAGACAGUUUUUCUAUUCCUUAUCUUACUGCACUUGGAGAUCUUCUUGGAACUGCCUUACUUGCCCUGAGUUUUCAUUUUCUGUGGCUGAUUGGGGAUAGGGACGGAGAUGUAGGAGAUUAAUACAUUAAUAACACCUAAUUUAUCCCAUUAGUUGAAAGGGACCACUUGAUUUAGCAUUUUGUAUGAAAUAUAUUAAGAGAGUAGUUGAGUUUCAUUACCGAAACUUCAGUGUUGACACUGAUACUAAACAGCCUUAACUUUUUUAAAACAAUAAAAAACUAAAAUAAGAAGCUUCAAAUAUUUUUACACUGCAAAGGUGUGUUUGGGGCUGGUUGACACCAUCUCCUCAUAGAAAGAGAAAGUUGGCCAGCGUUAUGUCAGGAAAUAAAAUAUAGUUGAUAGGUAACAAAACGUUGUGGUUUAACCACUAAUGUAUCUGCCUAAUGAAAUGUAGCAUCCAUUAAGCAGUCUGGCUAUGCAUUUGAAGUCAUACAAUAUAAUGGGUUCACAACAUAAAAUAGAGAUGUCCCAUAAUGCAAAAGAUAUUAUUUUUGCAAAUCAAUAAGAAAAACAGGUUCAAGUAAGACAUUCACCAUGGCAUUCACUUUAUUUUAGUUGCUGGCAGGAAAAGGAUGGAACACCCUCUGUUCCAGAAAAUUAAUCAGCUGAAAUAGGAAAGGUGUGUCUCAUAGAUAUAAUACAGUACGAUAAUGCAUGGACAAUAAUAAUGUUGAAUUAAUGGUUGUAACUCAAAAGUUACAUUGACACUGUUUUGAGGUACUCAAGUUUUGUCCUUUAUUGUGAUGUAUAAAGAAUCAAGACUAUUUAAAGAAGAAGAAAAGGAGCUUUUGAUAUGUAUUGGGAAAACUACAAUAUCACUUCUGAAAUAACAGGUGGAUGCUUUUUUUUUCUUUUUAGAAAUACUUAUCAUUAGAAAUACUAUUGAGUUAGUUUAUCUUGGAGAUCUUUUAUCAAGCCACUCAGAAUUGCUUUGGAGUUAGACACUGCUGAAAUCUAAACCAAUGAGUCAAUCAAUCAGCUAGGCAUUCAUGCCAAUUAUAGGCAACCAAUGUUAUUUCCUGGUAUGUUGCAGUUCAAACUUUAAAAUUUAUAUUUAGAAUACCAUCUCAUUUUGUAAUGAGAGGUUGUUCCACUGAAUACUGUUUUAAUCAUAGCUUUGUUGGGUUAAAGAAAUUGCUUUUUUCUGGGAAAACAUUUCCUGUGUCCAGAAGGUUAAUGCUUGUUCAAUGACUACUUUGUAGAGUAUCCUUAUGAAGUGUCACAGGUACUCUUUAGUUAGUUUAUUUAGUACAUUGAUGAUGAUGGUGAUUUUCCACUAUACACCAUUCAUGUCUGUUACUUACACAACAGAAAAUCAGUAAAUGUUUAAACUGGUUUUUGUUUAAAUGUUUAAAUAUUUUUUUGCUUUAGAUAUUGGGGAAAGAAAAAGAUUGUAGAAGCUUUAUGAUAUAGAUUAUUAUGAGUUGUAGACUUCCUUGAGUUGUCCUAUAAUUAAAUAUUAAUAUUCAGUCAAUCCUUGGAAACACAGUUUCUCACUCCCUGCACUGGAAGCCACCAGUGAGAAUUUAACAAUUAUAAUUUAUAAUUAUUUAAUUUUCUACUAAAAUUAAUUACAUUUGGCAUCUAAUUUUCAUUCAAAUUACAUGGAAAUCCAAGCUACAGAGUAAUGUAUUUCAAAGGAAGAUACAUGGUAAUCUAUGGUAGUAGAUUAAUGUGUGGGACUCAAAUGUUCAGAUGUGAACUUCUAUUAAUACAAAUACUCUUGGGCCUAGUAUAAUUUCUUGAUCAUUAGCUUCAUCUUAAUAGUUCAAAAUACUGGCAACUAUUCAGCUUGCUAAUUGAAAUUCUGUCGGUAAUUUUCCCUUACUUUAAUGAUACGUUUUUUCCAUGAUGACUGUCUUUAUUUCUGUACUCUAGAUGGAACGAUAGA